AUGGCGGCAACUAGUGGGGAUCCUGAGGGAAGGGCAGCUACAGAGACAGUCAGCAGCACGCCGACUGGAAAGGACACGGCGAGCUCUGAUAAUGUGCAGUCAAGCACAAAGAAAGUGCAAUCAACAUCCAAAGUGUACAAGGAACUCAUCAAUGUUGACGCUGUAAGCGGGUCACAGUAUAGUUGUUUGAUGUUUUACCGAGGGUUGACUAAGAUACAAAAACCCAAAUUCGCGGCUACAAAGUUUAAAGCAGACGAUAAUGACUGCAAUAACGAUAUAAGACAAGGCCCUGAGGCUAUGUCAAACGUUGUAUUAGGCUGCAGUGCACAUCGUGUAGCAUUAGUAUUGAAAAAUGCUAUUGGAGGUUCGUUAGUGACAGCAACCGACAAAAACCGAGAGGUAUUCGAGUCCAACAAAAAGAGACUACACAAAGAAAAUGUAGAAAAUCAACUCAAUAUCUUUGAGACUCUUCUAGACGCAGACAAGCAGGAAGCAAUGAACGAUAUAAACCCGUAUCCGACAUGUUGCACUUUUGUGCAACCAGAUCAGUGUUCUUGA